UGGUCGUUCGACUGCUUCGGGAGGAGACAAGAAAGAACCGUAGUGAGAUUUCAGCAGUGAGUGGGGAGAGCCGCCGCGCUUCACCGGCCUGCCAUGACGCAAAAUUCCACUAUGAAACUUCUUAAUGGAGAUACCUGCCACCGGACGAAUCCAGGCAAGACACCGGGCGCGAACGGGUUUGUGAAGAGCCACUGCCUAUUCCAGAAGCCGCAGAAGAGAUUCCGCCGCUCGGCAGAGAAGACCCAGCAUGUGUCGAACCAACAAGUGCUUUACAACAAGCCCUUUGUGCAGUCAUUCGAGGAGACGCCAUUGCUGGUGGCCGUCCUCACGUACAUGGGCUACGGCAUCCUCACCAUUUUUGGCUACCUGCGAGACUUCCUGAGGGAAUGGAAGUUUGAGAAAUGUCAUCUGGCCAGAGAGAGAGAAGAACAGAAGGAUUUUGUUCCAUUAUACCAGGACUUUGAGAACUUCUACACCAGGAAUCUUUACAUGAGAAUCAGAGAUAACUGGAACAGACCCAUAUGCAGCGUUCCUGGAGCAAAGAUGGACCUGGUGGAGCAAGUCACACAUGAUUAUAACUGGACCUUUGAACACACUGGCAGGGUUCUAAAGGAUGUCAUUAAUAUGGGCUCAUAUAACUACCUCGGCUUUGCGGAGAAUUCUGGUGCGUGUGCUGAUGCUUCGUCAGAGUGUUGUAUGAAAUAUGGCGUGGGGGUGAGCAGCACAAGACAGGAAACAGGCAAUCUUGACAAACACCAUGAGCUUGAAAACCUGGUGGCCAGGUUUUUAGGGGUGGAGUCGUCCAUGGUGUUUGGAAUGGGCUUUGCUACAAACUCCAUGAAUAUUCCCGCGCUCACAGGCAGAGGCUGUCUGAUCUUAAGUGAUGAGCUCAAUCACGCUUCUUUGGUUCUUGGCGCCCGUCUCGCUGGCUCCACCAUCCGCGUAUUUAAACACAACAAUAUGCAGAGUCUAGAGAAGUUGCUUCGAGAUGCCAUCGCGCACGGCCAGCCCAGAACCCAUCGACCCUGGAAAAAGAUCCUCAUCGUUGUGGAGGGAAUUUACAGUAUGGAAGGCUCCAUAGUGCGGCUUCCUGAGGUCAUCGCCCUAAAGAAGAAAUACAAAGCUUACCUGUACCUAGAUGAGGCACACAGUAUCGGUGCUUUAGGACCAAGAGGUAGGGGUGUGGUGGACUAUUUCGGCCUGGAUCCCACUGACGUCGACAUCAUGAUGGGCACUUUCACUAAGAGCUUUGGUGCUGCUGGAGGAUACAUCGGAGGAAAGAAGGAGCUGAUAGAUUAUCUCCGCUCACACUCUCACAGUGCCGUUUACGCUACCUCAAUGUCCCCACCUAUCACCCAGCAGAUUAUCACUUCUAUGAAGUGCAUUAUGGGAGAGGAUGGCACCACAUUAGGUCAGGAAAGACUCCGUCAGCUGUCAGCAAACACAAACUACUUUCGCAGGAAACUCCAUGAAAUGGGCUUCAUCAUCUAUGGAAACAAAGACUCCCCUGUUGUGCCCUUGAUGCUAUACAUGCCAGCUAAAAUCGGAGCAUUUGGACGGGAAAUGCUGAAGAGGAACAUUGGGACAGUGGUUGUUGGGUUUCCCGCCACACCCAUCAUCGAGUCCAGGGCACGGUUCUGCGUUUCUGCUGCUCACACCAGAGAAAUGCUUGACACGGCUUUAAACGCCAUCAGCGAAGUGGGCGAUUUACUCCAGCUGAAAUACUCUCGAAACAACAGACCCCGAAGCGAAGAUACGGACUGUUAUUCAUGCCUGGAGAGUCACCAGGACCACUAGAGCUUUCCAGUUCUCACGUUCUCCUUGAUUCUUUCUGUCAAUCUGUCUGUCUAAUAUUUAACUAAUUUGUACAGAUCGACCAAAUUUCAAGCCUUACCUCUGUGGUCAGUAACCACGUGCAAUAUCAAUAGUUGCUGACAUUUCACAUUACUACACGUAAGAAAUCUAACUCUGAAUGAAAGAAUUUCUUAACGGUAAAGUGACUUUCUCUCUCUCUUAUCUCUCUCUAUAGAUACAGUAUACAAUUGUAUCUGUAGAAGGACUUAGAGUUAUUCGAUAACUUGUUUCUGUGCAGAGUAUCUGGGUGGAGUUGUGGGGAAGUUAGUUCUUUUCCGUUUCCCCUGAACUUUCAAGUUUUCUACAUGCUUUCCGCAUAAAUCACAUAUGCUCUAGUUAAAAGAACUAAAAUCUACAAAAUAAUGCAAUUGCAUACUGCAUACUGCUUUUCACUAAACACAUACUAGCUUUGCAUUGAUCCACAAGUCUUUGAUGAGACUUUUAAAAUUUCACUUAGUAGGUUAGCAAUAAUGCACUAUUGAUGAUAUUGGAAAAUUGUUUCUGUUAUGGAAAUGUGCGAUUACCAAUGUUUUAUUUGUUUUAGUGGCACUUUCCAUGAAUAGGACACAAUGUCGUGUCUUAUUUUAAGCUUCUUUAAGAAACAUUCAACUAUAACAAUAAUGAAAAUAGUGCUGUCAAAUAUUAAUAUAUAUAUAUAUUUAAAUAUUAUUUACAUGAUGUUUAAAAGUAAAUACACUACUCAUAUUUCUAUAUAUAUAUAUAUAUAUAUAUAUAUAUAUAUAAUACACCCACCACACAGACAUAUAUUCUAUAAUGCAAAUUGAUUUUGGAAUCUACAAUAUUUCUUAAACUAUUUUGAUUAUUAACUAAUUAUAAUGAUCAAUGUAACGUUACACUCAAUUUAGCUCUGACGUGUGUUGAAAGGUGACCCUGACAAUGCAAAAGUUUACCCCAUUACAAAACCAUUCCUUAAAUUCCAUACCGAGGAAGUAACAUUAUUUGGAACCGCAUGAGAAUAAUCUUGUUUAAGUUUUCAAAAUCUACGCAAAAUGUGUUAAUCUUUAAAUAAUUUAACUAUUUAUAAUCUUUAUUAAUGUGAAAUGUUUUAUUUAGCGUCAAACCAAACUUUGGUCCUAUACUUGAGUGACAUCUUAAAUAGCGUUUUUAUUUUUUUAGGCCCUAAUGUGUAUUCUGUUUGUGGAAAGAGCCUUAUGUCUUACUUGAAUUUCUGUAACUUGUUGAUGAUUGGCAUACCUGAUGAUUAGCUAUGAAAUCAAAUUUCAUUCUUACCGUCUGUCUGUCUGACUGCUGAGGAGAGCCUUUUUACAUUUUUCAGAUGUUAUUUUUUAAGAGUGAUAUUUUAAUAUAAUCUAUGUUUAAGUAAAUGUACGUUCUGUUUUCAUUGUUGUAAUGAAAGUGUUAAAUACGGGUCACUGAUAUGAUAUGAAGUGAAGUAAUUUCUUAAGUCUAUAUAUAUGAUGAUGAUGUGGCUUGCGCCUAUCGGAUGUAUGUUUUUUUUCUUAAAUGCUUCUUUUCCUUUGUUUUCUGAAGUUAUGUUCUUAAUCUGAGAGGCAGCUCUAAAUAUGUCUCUCGGUACACAUGUAUAUGAGCGGGACUAUAUGACAGAGCUGCUAAUGACUGUUAAGAGAUGCAGUUAUGACGUUGGCACACAGAAUGUAAGCAUUAUAGCUUAUACACUCCACUAGUGCCACUGAGCUGCAUUCGACUGUGAAACCAAAGGCAAAUCCACACUUUUUGUUAGUUCGUCCUUUGUUGUUUAUCCUUCAUAUUUUCUGCGAAUAAACACGUUCUAGCAAU